AUAUUUAUUAUCCUCUCCUUACAACAUAUUUACCAUAGAACCAGGGUUAUGGAAGUUCAAAAUAUUCCUCUGCUCACUCAAUACAAAAUGGGAGAGUUUGAUCUCUCUCACAGAAUUGUAUUAGCACCACUGACCCGAUUCCGGUCUUUCAACAACGUCGCGCAGCCUCACGCGGCCGUGUAUUACUCUCAAAGAGCAACCAAAGGCGGACUUCUCAUCGCUGAAGCAACCGGUGUAUCCGACAUUGCACAAGGGUACCGAGAUACACCGGGAAUUUGGACAAGGGAGCAGGUAGAGGCAUGGAAGCCAAUUGUAGAUGCAGUUCAUGAAAAAGGUUCCAUCUUUUUCUUGCAACUGUGGCAUGUUGGCCGUGCCAUUACUAAUGGUUUUCUACCCAAUGGCCAAACUCCAAUCUCAUCAACAGCCACGGGAAUAUCCCCUGGCGUUGAUGGACAAGAGUGGGCCCCACCUAGGCGACUGACAAAGGAUGAAAUUCCUGGUGUUGUUAAUGAUUUCAGGAUCGCUGCUCGUAAUGCUAUCGAAGCAGGAUUUGAUGGAGUUGAGUUACAUGGAGCAAAUGGCUACUUAAUCGAACAAUUCCUCAAGGAUUACGUAAAUGAUAGAACCGAUGAAUAUGGCGGGAGCUUGGAAAAUCGGUGCCGAUUUGCACUGGAAAUAGUGGAAGCAGUGGCCAAUGAGAUCGGCUCAAAUAGGGUUGGGAUUAGACUAUCUCCAUACACGAAUUUAUCGGAGUCAAUCGACUCGGAUCCGGAUGCACUAGGCCUUUACAUGGCAAACGCACUUAAUAAGUUCGACAUUUGCUACCUACAUGUUAUCGAACCGAGAGUGUACGGUACGGUGGUGCUUCAAGGGCCGGAAGAUGAAGUUCCUCAUAAGCUACUUCCCAUGAGAAAGGCUUUCAAGAAUACUUUUAUCGCUGCUGGCGGAUACGAUAGGCGUAAGGGCAAUUUAGCCAUUUCUAAAAAUUAUGCGGAUUUGAUUGCGUAUGGACGCUCGUUUUUGGCGAAUCCGGAUUUAGUGAGAAGGUUCGAAGUUGAUGCUCCUCUUAAUAAGUAUAAUAGGAGUACAUUUUACAUUCCAGACCCUGUGGUUGGUUACACUGAUUAUCCAUUUCUUGAAGAACCUAAUUAGGAUUUAGGAGUAAUUAAUAUAUUUGUAUGUACCUUUGAUUUGUAUUUAUGAACUUCUUUCCCAAGUAUUAUUAUGUUGACAUGAUAGGCGUGGUACCUACCUGCAAAAAUGAAAAUUUUGCGAUAUCAUGUUUUAUAGAA